AGUAAUUUUACUGUUUUUGAAAAGAUUUUUUUUUGGAUUCCUGUUUCAGCCCAAGCUGCUCGUACACCUCCUGCACUAGCACAAGCUCAAGAUGAUAUUUUCCAGCCUCGUGUUUCACCCCAAGCAGCUCGUGCAAUUCCGGCUCCUGUUCCUGCUCCUGUUCUUGCUCCUAUUCCUGCUCUGGCUCCUGCUCCUGCUCCUGCUCCUGCUCCUCCUCCUGCUCCGGCUCCUGGUCUUCUUCCGGCUCCUGCUCCAGCUCCUGCUCCUGUUCCUGCUCCCAUUCCUGCUCCUGCUCCUGCUCCAGUUCCAGCUUUUGUUCUUCCUCCUGCUCCUGGUCCUGGUCCUGCUCCAGUUCCUGCUCUCAUUCCUGCUCCAGCUCCUGGUCCUCGCCCUGGUGCAUUCUGGGGACGUCCAAGAUUCAGAACCUUUACUGUGUCUGAAACUGAUUCAAACUACAGUAGUAUGACCCCCGAUGGAACCUAUACUGUGUCUGGAAGUGACUCAGUCUUCAGUUCAUCACCCAGCAGAUCCUAUAGUUUAUCUGGAACCGACUCAGGCCUCCUUAGUAUGACACCCGGCAGAACCUAUACUGUGUCUGGAAGCGGCUCAGCCUUCAGUACGUCACCCAGCAGAUACUAUACUGAGUCUGGAAGUGACUCAUUCUUCAGUACAUCACCCAGCAGAUACUAUACCGCAUCUGGAAGCGACAUAUUUGGAGACUCCAUAGGGCCUCCCCAAGGAGCCAGUACACCUCAUGCUCCUAUUCCUGCUGUUGGUGCCCAAGCAGCUCGUACACCUCCUGGUCAUCCUGGUCCGGGUCCUGCUCCUGCUGCUGCUUUAGCUCCUGGUCCUGCUCCGGCUCCUGGUCCUGCUCCGGCUCCUGGUCCUGCUCCGGCUCCUGGUCCUGCUGCUGGUCCUGCUGCUGGUCCUGCUCCUGGUCCUGCUCCUGGUCCUGCUGCAGCUCAUAGACCUGCAGCUCCUCCUGCUCCUGCUCCAGGUCCUGCUCUCGUUCCUGCUCCUGCUCCUGGGCCUGGUCCUGGGCCUGGUCCUCGUCCUGCUGCAUUCUGGGGACGUCCAAGAUAUAGAACCUAUACUGUGUCUGAAACCGACUCAGACUACAGUAGCAUGACCCCCGACGGAACCUAUACUGUGUCUGGAAGCGACUCAGUCUUCACUUCAUCACCCAGCAGAUCCUAUAGUCUAUCUGGAACCGACUCAGGCCUCCUUAGUAUGACACCCGGCAGAACCUAUACUGUGUCUGGAAGCGGCUCAGCCUUCAGUACGUCACCCAGCAGAUACUAUACUGCAUCUGAAGGCAACUCACCCAGCAGAUACUAUACUGCAUCUGAAGGUGACUCAACCAGCAGAUACUAUACUGCAUCUGAAGGCGAAUCACCCAGCAGAUACUAUACCGCGUCUGGAAGCAACAUAUUUGGAGAGAUAAUAUUCAGCCUCAUGUUUCACCCCAAGCAGCUCGUACACCUCCUGGUCCUCCUAAUCCUGGUCCUGGGCCUGGUCCUGGUCCAGGGCCUGGGCCUGGGCCUGGGCCUGGUCCUGCUCCGGGUCCUGCUCCGGCUCCAGCUCCUGCUGCAGCUCAUAGACCUCCAGCUGCUCCUGGUCCUGCUCCAGUUCCUGCUCUUGUUGCUGCUCCUGGUCCUGGUCCUGGUCCUGGUCCUGGUCCUGGUCCUGCUGGUCCGGCUCCUGCUCCGGCUGUUCCUGCUCUCGUUCCUGCUCCCGUUCCUGCUCCUGGGCCUGGUCCUGGGCCUGGACCUCGUGCUGCUGGUAAGUCUCUUCUUCAAGCAAUUGUAG